AUGUCCACCGAUUCCACGGCUACCCUUAGAGCUCUCGACGAGGGCUACGAAGCUACACAGUCUCUCACACUUCCGUAUAGAGGACCCGCACCAAGCACGAAACCACUCAACGCGACCUCGCAAACUUUCAUCCGGAAACCCAACACCCCAGCAGACCCCAAGAAGCUCUUCCGAACGCACGUAAUCAACACAUACAAAACAGACCGUCUAGGAUCAAAGUCAUGGAGAUGUCAAGUCUGUGGAAAGAAUGCCACAAAAGUGUACCAUUCAGCUGCCUCAAUUUUGUCGCCACUCGGAUCCAGCCUGGUUGACGAGCUCAUAUUCACGUGUAACGCCCCGCGCUGCAGUAAUUACGGCUCAGAUCUGGCGGAUCAUUUUGGAAAAUACCAGGUUCCGGAGGCGGCGGCCAUCAGUUGUGAAAAUUGUGACAGAAGAUCGAAUGUGAAGCUCUGUGGGGGAUGUACUUUCUCAUAUGGAUCGCGGAAUGGAAGUACUCAUAUCGUCGGUCAUCAGAAGAAGCCCAGGAAUCGCCGAGCAAAGAGUCAGCAAGGUCUCAGAAACCCACAGUUGGAUCCUGUUGCAGCGGAGCAGCUUCUUAUAGAAUCUGGCAGGUUCUCUAACAACGACGAACGUGACUUGCCUUGA